UCCUUCUGAAAUGAGAGCAUGUUUCAUUUAAGAUUGCAUGUGAUGCACGGAAGAGAGAGGGUGUGUGAGUGUGAGUGAGAGAGCAAUCACAUUCACAGGGAGGAUUUUGGUGAUGCGCUGUUCAUUUCAGCACCACAAACCAGCUUCUAAGAGCAGAAAGAAGAUGCUUCUGAAGAUGUGAGAGUUUUGGGGCUUGAUGUGGAAAGGCACUUGUUUGACAUUUUUGCAUUUCCUUAUAUCACCUGUUACCAGUCACAUGACAUGUACACCAGACGUUUUUGCCACACAAGAAAUUCCUGUGGUCUCACUCUAAAUGGUCAGAAGGCACAACUUCAGCUUUGAAAUGGGCAUGGAUGGUACCAUCCGUCUUUUGACCUAUUAGUCCUCAAUCCCACCACCGGGAAUUUCUGGACCUACAUUUCCUCACAUUGUCCCCAACGUACCUGUGGAUAUGGAUCUUGUACGCAUAAGUCGGACUCAAUACCAGCUCCUCCUCUUUCUCUGCUACUGGUUUCCAGUCUCCCUCCAGCGGGUGGAGACACCACCUGUUGAGUAUGCCCACUCUAUCCGUCUAGACGGCGACAUCAUCCUGGGUGGCCUGUUUCCGGUUCACUCCCGAGGUGAGCGUGGCGUUCCCUGCGGGGAGUUAAAGAAGGAGAAGGGUAUUCACAGACUGGAGGCCAUGCUUUUUGCAAUUGACCUCAUCAACAAAGACCCAGAGCUGCUGCCCAACGUGACACUGGGGGCCCGUAUCCUGGACACCUGCUCACGGGACACCUACGCCCUGGAGCAGUCGCUUACUUUUGUACAAGCUCUCAUUGAGCGUGACGGUUCGGAUGUACGCUGUGCCAAUGGAGACCAGCCCAUAUUUGCCAAGCCAGAUAAAAUCGUUGGAGUCAUUGGUGCAGCUGCCAGCUCUGUCUCCAUCAUGGUUGCCAACAUCUUGAGGCUUUUUAAGAUUCCUCAGAUCAGCUAUGCAUCCACAGCUCCGGAGCUGAGCGAUAACACCCGCUACGACUUUUUUUCCCGCGUCGUUCCGCCGGAUUCCUACCAGGCACAGGCCAUGCUGGAUAUUGUCACGGCGAUGGGCUGGAACUACGUCUCCACGCUGGCUUCUGAAGGGAACUACGGGGAAAGUGGCGUGGAAGCAUUCGUGCAGAUCUCCAGAGAGAUGGGUGGUGUGUGUAUCGCACAGUCUCUGAAGAUCCCUCGAGAGCCGAGGCCUGGGGAAUUCGACAAGAUCAUCCGCCGGCUCCUGGAGACCCCCAACGCCCGGGCCAUCAUCAUGUUCGCAAAUGAGGACGAUAUCAGACGAGUGCUGGAUGCUGCCAAGAGGAGCAACCAGACGGGUCAUUUCCUGUGGGUGGGGUCUGACAGCUGGGGCUCCAAGAUCUCACCAGUCAUUCAGCAGGAGAGAGUGGCAGAAGGAGCCAUUACCAUCCUGCCCAAACGUGCCACGGUGGAGGCGUUCGAUCGCUACUUCCGGAGCCGCUCGCUCUCCAACAACAGAAGAAACGUGUGGUUUGCUGAGUUCUGGGAGGAGAACUUUGGAUGUAAGCUGGGGAUGCAUGGAAAGCGGCCAGGAAGCCUUAAAAAGUGCACUGGUCUGGAGAAGGUGGGCCGUGACUCCAGUUACGAGCAGGAAGGCAAGGUGCAGUUUGUGAUGGAUGCGGUUUAUGCCAUGGCACACGCGCUUCACCGCAUGCACAGGGACUAUUGCUUUGGAUACCCCGGCCUGUGCCCCCGCAUGAGCAAUAUCAACGGAAAGGAGCUGCUGGGAUACAUCCGGAAUGUUAAUUUCAAUGGAAGUGCAGGCACUCCGGUGGUCUUCAAUCAGAAGGGAGAUGCGCCAGGGCGAUACGACAUCUUCCAGUAUCAGAUUACCAACAAAUCGACAGCUGAGUACAAAGUGAUCGGCCAGUGGACAAACAAACUGCAUCUUAAUGUGGAUGCCAUGCGCUGGCGGACAGGCGACCCUACGCUUCCAGCUUCAGUGUGUAGUGUGCCUUGCCAGAUGGGUGAAAGGAAGAAGAUCGUAAAGGGUGUACCAUGUUGCUGGCAUUGUGAGCGAUGCGAAGGCUACCAUUUCCAAGCCAGUGAAUUCAGUUGUGAGUUGUGUCCGUAUGAGCAGCAUCCAGACCGUAAUCGCACCGGUUGCAUCCCCAUUCCAAUCAUCAAACUCGAAUGGCACUCUGCUUGGGCAGGCAUACCAGUGUUCAUUGCAGUUCUUGGAAUCCUGGCUACAAGUUUUGUGGUGGUUACUUUCGUCCGCUACAAUGACACACCAAUUGUCCGCGCAUCCGGCCGAGAGAUGAGCUACGUGCUUCUGACUGGGAUUUUUUUGUGCUACGCCAUCACCUUCUUGAUGAUCGCAACACCAAGUCUUGCCAUCUGCUCUUUCCGAAGGGUGUUCCUGGGUUUGGGCAUGUGCUUCAGCUAUGCUGCUCUCCUAACUAAGACCAACCGCAUCCACCGCAUCUUUGAGCAAGGCAAGAAGUCUGUGGCUGCACCACGCUUCAUCAGCCCUGCUUCUCAGCUGAUCAUCACCUUCAGCCUGAUCUCGGUGCAGCUGCUCGGUGUGUUCGUGUGGUUUGCCGUCGAUCCGCCGCACACAGUGGUGGACUACGGUGAGCAGCGUACAUCCAACCCAGAAAAGGCUCGUGGGGUUCUCAAGUGUGACAUCUCAGACCUGUCACUCAUCUGUUCGCUGGGCUACAGCAUCCUUUUGAUGGUAACAUGCACUGUUUAUGCCAUCAAGACCCGUGGCGUGCCAGAGACCUUCAAUGAGGCCAAGCCAAUUGGAUUUACUAUGUACACUACCUGCAUCAUUUGGUUAGCUUUUAUACCUAUCUUCUUUGGCACCGCACAAUCGGCAGAAAGGUGUGUGUGGAUCCAGUACAACUGCAGAAAUAGAGACUUAUUGUCAAAAUGCUCCAUUACUUGCCAUCUGAUGUACAUCCAGACCACCACCCUCACCAUCUCUCUCAGCCUCAGCGCGUCUGUGUCUCUGGGGAUGCUCUACAUGCCCAAAGUCUACGUCAUCAUCUUCCACCCGGAGCAGAACGUGCCCAAACGCAAGCGCAGCUUCAAAGCGAUCGUCACUGCCGCCACCAUGUCAGGAAAACUCGUACAGAAGGGAAGCGACCGGCCCAACGGGGAAGUGAAGACCGAGCUUUGUGAGAGCAUGGAGACCAACACAUCUUCCACCAAGACGACAUAUGUCAGCUACAGCAAUCAUGCCAUCUGAAGAGGGACACUCUCUGUGGGCGGGGCCCUGUCUGAAGCAGGACGCCUGUCAUCUGACAUGUGCUGACAGGCAAAUGGACCUGGAACGGGCAUCUGAGCAUGAGAUUUUUAUAUCGUUCUGCAUCAGUCUCAUCCUGGAAAACAAACUGACUUAUGGGACCUUCCAGUGAGACUGCUAUCCUGCGUUCAAGAGCUACCGAUCCUGCCAUGAACACACGUGAACAUGCACACACUCACAAAACUGAAGGUGCAGGCUUGCAGUCAUACAAACAAUAACUUUCCACAAAUAAUCGUGUAAACAUUCUGCAGAUGGAGACGUUCACUGUAAACUUGGAAAUGUGGAUGUAAAAAAAAAGGAGAAAAUAUAUAAAAAACUACCAGAGUCAAAAUAUGUUUGUUGUUAUUGUAUUUUUGUGGUCGUGCAGAUUUUUUCAUUCUUGUCCCACUUUGUCAGAAACCUGCAUUCUGAGAUGACGUGUCUUGUAUUGGCUGACUGAACUGUAACCGCGGGGUUGUGAAGCUGUAAAAUGCCAUGGUUGAAGCAUGCUAGUUUUUAUACCAAAAAAUGAAGAAGAUUUAUUUAUAAUAAAGGAAUGUUUUGCAAAUGUG